CGGCCUCAAAGUUUGCGGCGGGCGGGCGGGCGCGGAGCCUCCAAGAUGCCGUUCCACCCGGUGACGGCGGCGUUGAUGUACCGGGGCAUCUACACCGUGCCCAACCUGCUGUCGGAGCAGCGCCCGGUGGACAUCCCCGAGGACGAGCUGGAGGAGAUCCGAGAGGCCUUCAAAGUGUUUGACCGGGAUGGCAAUGGCUUCAUCUCCAAGCAAGAGCUGGGCACGGCCAUGCGCUCGCUGGGCUACAUGCCCAAUGAGGUGGAGCUGGAGGUCAUCAUCCAGAGGCUGGACAUGGACGGUGACGGCCAGGUGGACUUUGAGGAGUUUGUGACGCUCCUGGGACCCAAGCUAUCGACGUCUGGGAUCCCAGAGAAGUUCCAUGGCACCGACUUCGACACGGUCUUCUGGAAGUGUGACAUGCAGAAGCUGACGGUGGACGAGCUGAAGCGGCUGCUCUAUGACACUUUCUGUGAGCACCUGUCCAUGAAGGACAUCGAGAACAUCAUCAUGACGGAGGAGGAGAGCCACCUGGGCACGGCUGAGGAGUGCCCCGUGGACGUGGAGACCUGCUCCAACCAGCAGAUCCGCCAGACAUGCGUGCGCAAGAGUCUCAUCUGCGCCUUCGCCAUCGCCUUCAUCAUCAGUGUCAUGCUCAUCGCAGCCAACCAGGUGCUGCGCAGUGGCAUGAAGUAGGCGCCGCACGGCGCAUGCAGUGCCGGGCCCAUGCCACGCCGCCAUUGCCGCCUGCAGCCCUGUCCCCCACCCGGCUCCCAGGCCCACCACCCACAGGUACCGCAGGGCCUGGACGGCCGCUCCCCCGCCCGCCCCGCAGGCCUUGCAUGGAGCUGGGGCCGGGCUGUGGAGAACCCGGAGGUGGCUCUGCACCCUGCCCCGUGCCCUCACCUGGUCUCCACGUAGUGCUAACUUCCCAAUGCCCCAGGGGUCCUGGGAAAUGAAGGAGGGAACCCCUGUCACCCAGCCACUGCUAGGUCCCUUAGGCAGGAGAGGUACCCUGUAUCCAGAGAGGGCAGAAGAGGCAGAGGCUGCCAGCCUCCUCCUGAAGAAGGGCAUGAGGCUGGAGUCCCCCCCGGGUCCUUGCCUCCAAUCCUCCUUAAACCCAAACCCAGACCUCCUCCCCCUCACCUGCCGGGGCCCACACCUGCUGGGCUCAUGGGCAGCACCUGAGAUCCAACCUCGGUUUGCCUUCAGAGAACCCCCGUUUUUGCAAAGGGCAGGAGCUUGAGGAGGCAGCAUCUUGGGUGUUCCCAAGGCCCCAACCCCCGGAUUCCCCCACCAAAGGCCCAGUAACUAAAGGCUGUACCCCCCCUCAGCACAGAGCCCAGAACUGGAAUGUGCUGGAGGGGAGCAGGGUGGAGGUGGGGAGGCCCAGGUAGCUGAGCAGCCAGGACAGGGCACUCCUCCAGCUAGAACCCUGGGAGGCUACCCGCCGGGCUGAGAAGCUGGCACAACCCAGCGCUGUGCGUGCCAAGAGGCGCGGUGGGCCGCUCCUCCCGGGCCCUCCCACUCCUCUGCACCAAAUGCUUAAUACCAGCUCGGCACGGGCGGCGUGGAGGCUGCGAGCGCUGCCAGGCUGGGUGGCAGAUGGAGGCCUGGGGCUCCUCUCCAGACUUGGGCUGCUUCCCACCUGGCUGUGACACAGCCACCCCGGUGUGCCCUCUGCCCAGUCCCAAGGGGCAGGGUCUGCCCCCUGACCAGGGGCUGGAAGACAGAGCUGAGAAAGCCAGCCGGAGAAACAUAAACCACCACGAAGACACUUCAUGUCCAGCAUCUGGAAGUUUCCUCGCCCAUCUUCUGCAGACACCUGCAGGGGACAGUGGAGUGGGGGUAGGGGGAAGCUGCCUGGUGUAGACUGGGACCAGGGUACAGUUGGUAUGGGGUCUCCUGAGCCCCGGGGGGCACAGCAAGAAGGGGGCUCUGAACCACAAUAUGAAAGUUGCCUUUAUUGU